AAGAAAAAAUGAGGAAAAAAGGCAAAAAAAGAAGAGUGUGAAACGAGAAACAAAGUGACAGUUUCAGCCCACGAAGAGAAAAUAUAAAGAAGGAGAGAAAGAGAGAGAUAGAUAGAUAGAGAAAGAGAGAGAGAGAGAGAGAGAGAGAGAGAGAGAAGAGAUAGUGAAGAAUAGGGUCGUAGUAGUCAGAAAGAGACAGAGUAUACGAGAGCUCGUAAGAGUGAGCGAGAUAGAACGAAAAGAGACGCGCAAGCGCCGAUUCGCGGCGUGGAGAACGCUUGCCAUCCGCGUGGCGCGAGUUAGAACUUGGCUUCGUGCUUUUAGUCUUGCCCCGUCCCUUCGUCCAUCCUCGUCCUUACCCGUCUGCUUACUCUACGAUCAACCCUCUAACUACCCUCUUUUCGUUCACGCGGGAAAUUCACCCUCGUGCAUCAAGAACGCGUGCUACUCGUCUCUGUAAACGAGUUCAUUCAUUUGUAAAAAAAAAUUAUAUCUUCGAUUGGAAGUAUGACGAUUUUGUUACCGAGUGCCUGUUCAUCCUAUCGAAGACAAAACUUUACUUAAAAAAAAAAAAAAUAAAAAAAAAUAAAAGAGAAACGAUUGAAAAAGUGAUUGGAAAGCUUUGAUGUCCAAUCAUUGAAAAGAAUCUGUAAUACGAUAUUUUUUAUAAAUCAAAAAAGUAAAAAAAUGUCGGAAGACUUAUUAUCCCAUCGAGAUUCGACGAUUACAAGAAGAAAUAAUAAGUCAAAUACAGCACAAAGAAGAUGGCGUAUCUUAGCAAAGGCUUUAACAGGCUCUUCGGAUUAUCAAUCAGAAUCAGAUGAAGAGAUUUCCGUACGACGUUUCACUAGUUUUGGCUUGCUUAAGCCGAUACUGUUAGAGAAUACUGUGACCGAUUCUGACUCUUGUUGGUACGAGUAUUCCGCCAUGUUGGAGAACGAACUCUUUGAAGUUCAGAUACGAAGGAUAAACAAGAAUUUUACUGCGAACGAACUGAUUGGAUUCAAUAAUACUGGGAAUGUAUGCGUUUGGCCAUCCGAGGAGUGUCUCGCUUAUUAUCUGCUAAAGAAUCGUGAUAUUUGUCGAAACAGAAGCGUUCUCGAGCUUGGUGGUGGGAUGAGUUGUCUUGCUGGUAUCCUCGUUGCAAAAUACUGCAAUCCCAGUGCAGUCACGCUCACCGACGGCAACGUUACCAGCGUCGAUAACGUUCGUUGCAUCGUCCUGAGGAACGACAUGGCUGAUUUUGUCGAGUGUGGGGUUCUUCAAUGGGCUAGGGCUGCACGAGCUCUUAGGCAAGCUAUCGCAAACAAUUGCAAUCGAAAGGCACGCAUCAUCGAGGAGGAGGAUGAUCUACCAAGCAAGAAAAGGUCUUACGACGUGAUCCUCUGCGCAGAUUGUCUUUUCUUCGACGAUGCCAGGCUUGACCUGGUCGAAACGAUUUAUGGUUGGCUUGCUGACGACGGUGUAGCCCUGGUGAUAGCACCUAGACGUGGAACGACGUUUCAGAAAUUCGCCGAAGCCGCGAUCAAACGUAGUUUCAUAGCCAGGCAGACCGAACGAUACGACAGCGAGGUCUGGUCGAGACAUCUGGAACUCUUGGAUCAGAGCCAGGAAUAUUCAGCCGAUUUGCAUUAUCCUGUUCUCCUGGAGCUCAGCAAGCAGAAAAAGACACCACCGGGAUGAUCGAGAUCCAUUGGGGAUGAAGAGGACGACGACGAUGACCUUGACGAGAGUAUCAGCGAAUGAAAUCUCUUUUUUACUCUUCAAACAAAAUGUCUUUUUCCUCAGUAUUUUGUUGAAGUUGUUUUUCAAGUCAAGAUCUAUUGAGAUAAACGAACGUUGUUUAUAUUUUAUGACAACGACAAACGAAUGGUGAAUAAUGAGAAAACUGUUAAAGAGUUCAAAGUUCAACGACGAUCAUCGAAAAUUACAUUCGAAGAGUACUUUGUCGAAUCGUUUAGAUUUUCGAGUAGAAACUCGAGAGAAAGUUUUCGUAGCACGGAGAAACGCGUAAAACCGAAUGGCAUCGUUGUUCAGCGUUAAUAACGCGUUAGCCAAAUUGACGAUGCUCCAUCGGCUUCCUAGCAUCAUCUUAAGACUUAGACGACGUUGAAGAUGUUCUUGGAAUACUAUUCUCUAUCUUUCUCUUUCUCUCUCUCUCUCUCUCUCUCUCUCUCUCUCUCUCUCUCUCACUCUCUCUUUCUCCAAGUUACCUACUAAAGGCCAUUUUCAUUAUGCUCGAAAAUGCAUCUCGUUCGUAUACGAGCGUGCACGUGGAUUCUAAGUAUAAUAUUUAUACAACAAAGGUAACAUUUAACCCUAUUUAAAUGAGAAAAUAUUAAAAAGUAAUUACUUAAUUCUAUAAAAUAACUUUUUUCCAUUGUUUAAAAGGAGUUUGGGAGAUCAUUGAGAGAAUCGUAUUAAACGUACCUGAUUUUUCAUAGAACGAAAAAGUCAGUGCUCCGAUAUCCCAUUCUGUGACUGUAAUUGUGUGUGCGUGUGUGCUGACAAAUUUCUGUAUAACGUACGUAUAAGAUUUGAAUAAAUGUGUUGAUGACACUGUGUGUGGAGUGUUGAACGGCGAAAAAAAAAAUACAUAAAAUUUUAUUAAAUUCUUAUUUAUUUGUUUGCAAAUUUCUUUGAAGAUUAAAAAAAAAGAAAAAAAAGGAAAAGAAAAAAAAACCAACAAAACAAAACAUCUUUAUACAAAGUUUACAUCGUUAAUGACAUUUCUCUGAUUUUUCUUUUUCUUCCUUUCUUUCUUUUUUUUUUUUUUUUUAGUAAAAUCUCAUUAACGAUCUUUCGUUAUUGAAAUUUAUUUAUUAAAAAAAAAAAAGAAAAGAAAAAAAACGAUGUCAUCGAAUCGAGGAAAUAAUAAGUCGAGGGUUCACAUGGAUCGCGGUUAUUCAAGUUUAACAUGGUCUCCCUUUAUUUUCACGCACCAUUACGGAAUAACGUGUGUCUACUCACUGAUCAAGAGUCUUUGAAAGCGAUUCUAUCUAAAAGAGAGAGGGAGGAGGGAGAGAGGGAGAGAAAGAAAGGGGAAGAGUUCUUUAACCACCCUUAUAUGAAGUCUAUACUCUCCGUUGACAAUGUGGACGAUCAUAGGAUAAAUUUUUUCUCUCUUUCUCUCUCUCUCUCUCUCUCUCUCUCUCUCUCUCUUCCUCUCUUUUUUCUCUCCCUUGCUUUUGUCUGAAGAAUUUUCGAAAAAGUCAGCGAUAUUGUGUUUACUAUAUUAUCUCUUCGUCGAUACUUGAGAUCGCUCGUUCGUUAUCGCAUUUUCGAUAGAAAAGAUCAACGUUACGUUGAUGAAAGAAAUAAAAGGAAUGUCCGGAUGCGGUUGACGGCCAGUACUGAAAAUAAAUACGAGCGAGAAUACUUUCGGUGGACCGAUUUAGUUUACCUCAUUCUAUGCUUUUCGCUCGAUUAUCAUCUUUUUUGGGGAAUUGAAGGAAACCGAAGGAACGUGCGAAAGGGAUAAAAAAAAGAAAAAACGAUCCUUCGAUCGACUUGAUCGAGCUGACAAAGCAAUCGUUGCUCCUUUACUCUCGACAUCUUUCACGGUCGAACGAACAAGAUUUAAAAGGCCAAAACCACGGUGACUUGACUACUGUCGUUAACCAGAAAACGUUGAAAUAACGUUGUUGCGAUGGUGAAUAAUGAUAGAGAAAGUUGGGGAGAGAAAAAAAACGCUAGAUAUUGAAUGGCCAGAAACGAUAAGUCGACCCCAUCGCGAUCCUACAUCGAUCAAACUCGACAAAAUAUAUUCCUCUAUUUUGCUUGACAUAUUAUCACAAAUAUCACUAUCUACAUAUGUAUAUAAGUAUUUAUUUAAUUUAUCUAUAUAGUCGAUGAUUCGUUGUAUAUCGUUUUGAUUCUAAUUUUAUGUUUUAUAUAUUUAAUUCUAUUUAAAAAUAGAUUUAAAAUUGUUGUUUUCAUUACCAUUUUAUUGUGCAAUUUAAUGAUUCAUUAUUUUUAUUCGAGCGAAUGAACAUUUUAUCUUAUAUGUAUUUUUGUCUUGAUAAAGUUGAAACAAAUUUUAUUAAUUUAUUAUCUGAUAUUUUUUAUAAGAAAUGAAACAAAUGAUUUAGGGUUGUUUAAAAUGAUUAAGGGUCCAAAACUCUUAUAAAGAGUCUCCUUUAAAAUUUUUCGAACUUUCAUAAAGCGAGAAAUUUAGAGAAUUUUUUAGCGGCUACUAUUUAUAGAAAUAGUUGAUAAAUAAUAUAUCGAAGAAUACAAUAUACAUAUUCGAUCAUGAUUACAAAUUUUAAUAUGCAAAUUGCUUACUUAUUACUAUAUAAGUAUUAUAUGCGAGUUUCGUACUUGUAACGUUCUCUCUAAUAUUAUAUAUAUGUUAUAUAUAAUAUUAUAUAAUAUUAUAUAUUAUAUAAUGUUAUAUAUUAUAUAUUAUAUAAUGUUAUUAUUAUAUAAUGUUAUAUACUAUUACAUAUUAUUAAAUAGUCGGAAAAAUAAGAAAUUGCUCGCAAAGGGAAUAAAAGGCAGUAAUAUUUUAUCAAUAAUAACAUUAAAAAAUGUAUGCAGCAUUGUAUGAAUAGUUUUCCAUUUCAAUAUUCUUAUUACAAAAUAAUUAUUAUAUUAAUUAUAAUAUGAACAGAGUCAGAGUCGACAUAUUCCUAUUCUAGUUAUUAAGAUACAAGAGUAGAAGCAUAAAAAUGGUAAAAAUGGAUGUUGAGAGACUUUUUUAUUAUAUUGAUUUAUUUCACGAAGUAAAAGAAAAAUGUUCGAAUGUUCGAGGAUGUGUUUGUCGUAAAAGAAAAAAAAAUUGUUUGAACGAAAGGUAAAGAAAGUUUGUAUAAUUCAAGCAAGCCUUUUAGAGACAGAAAAGAUAAUUAAGUAAAAA